GCGCCGGGGGCGGCUGGUGCACUCGGUGGGAGACGCCUUUUGUCGCGCGCUGUCGUUUUUGCGGCCCCGGGCUCUCUGCCGGCGCGCGACCGGCUAUUAGCUGGCAGUCAGUCGGCCACCUGUUGUCUGCACGGGCGGUGUGCCGCCAGCCCACGGGCGUGUGACGGCCGAGUGUGUACCUACCUAAUACAGCGGUCGGGACUUGAUAAAAGUGAGUGUAGUGGGCACCCAAAAGGCAUUUGCGAACGCCCAAAUAAACAAUAAUUGCAUCUAUACCGUUACGAUUGUCAUUUUCUGGGGAAGUACUUUUGGGACACGCUUCUACAUCGAAGAACGUUAAAGUAAUGGACACGUUUACGUUGCCAUCUGGUUUUAUGCGCUGGUGGAGUUAGGUCGUACUUGUAGACAUAGAUACUGAUCAAGUACUGGCUGUUCCAACGAGUUUUUUCCCAUCGUAUACUCUCGAGAAACGAGAUUCAGUGCACCGGUGCGCGUAUCUAACAUGAAUACGCGUCUUCAAUAGUUGUGAGGAAGGAGUAGUACUGGUUACGAGUCCCGGUUCCGGUGAUCCGAGUAGCAAAGCGCUGGACGCGGGCCCAGCGAUGCUGCCCACGAGCGGGGAGAAGCCGCUGCUGAAGAUCACGGCGAGCGCGGCGGCGUCGGUGGCGGCGGCGGCCGUCGCGGAGAUGGACCGCGGCCGCGGCUGCAGCCAGCUGCCCGCGCCCGACACCAGCCACGCCACCAGGGGCAUCGACAGCGCCGUCGCCAAGGUGCUGCAGGGCUACGACUGGUCCCUCGUGCCCAUCGCCAACAAGGGAACGUCGGACAAGCGCAAGCUGCACGUGAAGCGGCCGAUGAACGCGUUCAUGGUGUGGGCGCAGGCGGCGAGGCGCAAGUUGGCCGAGCAGUACCCGCAGCUGCACAACGCCGAGCUGAGCAAGACGCUGGGGAAGCUCUGGAGGCUCCUGAGCGAUGACGACAAGCGGCCGUUCGUGGAGGAGGCGGAGCGCCUGCGCAUGAUCCACAAGAGGGACCACCCCGACUACAAGUACCAGCCGCGCCGGCGCAAGGGCGGGGAGCCGGCCGCCGCGCACGCGCACUCGCACGCCGCCGCGGGGUCGCCGCCGCCGCUGCACGCCGUCUCGCACCAGCACGGAGUCGUCUUCAGGUGCGUGUCUAGCCAACGUCUUACAACUCCGAAUCCCGUAGGUUAA